AUGUCCGAGCCCGCGGCUGACGACCGAUGUCCGAGCCCGCCGCUCAGGACAGAUGUCCGAGCCCGCCGCUACGGACAGAUGUCCGAGCCCGCCGCUACGGACAGAUGUCCGAGCCCGCGGCUGGGACCGAUGUCCGAGCCCGCCGCUCAGGACAGAUGUCCGAGCCCGCGGCUGGGACCGAUGUCGCUAGCUCAGCGGCUGAAGGAAGACUUCUCGACGCCUCGGAAACAAAUUCACAAGGGAACGGCUGAACGAACGCCUGUGACUGCCGAGAAACUCCGUGCGGCGCGGUCCGGCCGGCGGCUGCGAGCGCUGGGUGCAGCGCGCGCGCUGCUGCUGCUGCUGGCGGCGGGCGUCUGCUGCCACCUGCUGCUGAUGCCGGCCUGCCGACCCGACAACGAGCCGCGGCGCUGGUCUCGCGCCGGGCGCCGACUCCACCUGAGCCUGGCCCGGCCGACGGCGGCCGACCGCGGCGCCGUCCGGCGCGUCUGUCCCGAACACUACGUCAACUCGACGGUCGGCUACCCGUUCUUCUACGACGGCUGGCGGUCGGCGGCGUGCCCGCUGCGCCGCGACUACGGCCGGCUGCUCACCGUGCUGCUCGUCGUCGCCGAGCCGGCAGACGUGGCGCGCGUGCGCCGCGUCCUCGCCGGACUCAACGAGCAGCUGCCGGGGGUGCCGGCGCGCGUGGCCGUGGUGGACGGUCUCGGCGGCCGCCUGGCGCCGUUCCGCGACGUGACCGAGGUGCCGGUGGCCGCGUCGGCCGGCCGGCCGCCGCCGCUGGCCGCCCUGCUGAACCGGCUGCUGGCCGGCGCGGCCACUGAUUACGUGCUGCUGGGCGCCGAACUGGAGCGGCUCGACUCGGACGCCGACCUGGAGCGGCUGCUGCGGGAGGCCGAGCGGCAGCGGGCGGCCGCCGUGGCCGGCGCCGCGCGCGGGCCCGACGGACGCUGGUCGCUCGGCUGCUUCCAGGUGCGGCUGGCCAACUACUCGCUGCGCUACCGGGCCGGCUACUGGCGCUCCCGGCACGAGUGUGUGCGCUGCGACCACGCGGCCGGGCCGCUGCUGGCGCGCGCCGAGCUGCUGCGCCGCUGGCCGCUGGCCGACAGCAGCCGCCUGCCGCUCGAGCGCUGGCUGCUGGACGUGCGCGGCGCCGGCCAGCAGCCGGUGCUGGUCUGUCCGGACGUCAUGUUUCACGUGCGGCGGCAGCGGCCGGCCGCGGCCACCGACUGGCUGCAGGAGGCGCGCCGGCUGCACCUGACGCUGGUGGAGCCGCCCGCCGGCGGCCGGCUCCAGUUCAGCUGCCAGCAGCUGCGGCUGCCGUGCGAGGUGCGGCCCGGCCGGCUGCUGUCGCCCUGCUGCCGCCGACAGCUGCUGCGACUGAUCCACGCCGUCCUGGACGACUGCGAGCGGACCGGCGCCCUCUGCGAGCUCCAGGAGGGCACGCUGCUCGGGGCUGUGAAGUUCGGCUCCGUGCUGCCGUGGGAGCGUGACGCCGACAUCGCCUUCAGCAGCGGCGACAUGGCGCUGCUGGCGCUGCAGGCCGGCCAGUGGGGGCUGAGAGGACUCCGCUGGGUGCCAGAGAGCGAGCCGUACUGCUGUCACGACAACCGCACGGCCGGCGGCGUGGCGAAGGUGUACCAGGACGACUGGAUGCUGGAGCUGUGGGGCCAGCACUGGCUGGACACGGAGAAGCUGCGCCGCCACGGCCUGCCGCCCACCAGGGUGCAGCUGGACGGCCGCUGGUACCCGGCGCCCCGCAACCCGGGCCGCUACGUGCGCAACCGCUACGGACGCGAGGUGUACCGGCACGCCGAGCACUGGAUGGACACGGGCCGCGCCAGCAGCUGGGAGCCGUACGACACGGCACGGUUUUUGGCGUGCGACUCGCCGGGCGACCACAGCUGCCUGGACCAGUACAGCACUGACGGCGUGCUGCAGUUCGAGCCCGAUGUCUGGCCGGCAGACGAGUGAGACACAGCUGACGGAGCUGACAGACAGCCGACGGACACAGCUGACGGACACAGGUCUGGGCAGGUCUGCACAGUUCUGGUCGUCGGCCACUGUCCCCGGUGUGCCCGGCCCUGUGUCUGUGGCGCCGAUACCGUAAUACUAUGUGUAUCUUGUGUAUUUUAACCCUGUCAUUACGAAUUUCAUUACCAAAAACUGUUCAUAUUUGUGCAUCACUGUGGGCCGACCGCGUCGCUGUGUCAAGUUUAGCGGUCGAUCCUGCCACCACCGACUGAGCAGUGCGUCUGCAGUGACGCGAGUAAGCAUAUUGUUGAAACGUCUCCGAGUUACAAUGAAGGCGCUGGCAAUGGAAAUGUGCACAAAAUUUCCUAAGCAUAUAAUUUAACGAUAGGUAUCGUUUUAGCACCAUCGCAACAUAUCUAUAACACCAGUGGACGUUGGACCACUCCCGACAGAAUUGUGGCGCAGGGUUCGCUUUAUUGGAUAUACCUACUAUGGCGAUUGGGGAUUAGUAGCGCCCAGACGGCGGAAGACGUCCGUGUCCAUCUGGCUAUACUGGUCUCUAUCAGAAGCCGUGGCUGAAUAGGUGUAACCAAAGACGUGUAAAAAUAAACGAUGUAUAUUUGGUUAAGA